CUUCCCUCUUCCUCUGACUCUCGGUGCCCUGCUUGACUCUUGUGCUCUUCCUUCGUCAAGCUCUCUCACCAUGAACAGACAAGUCUGCAAGACGUCUGGGGGCGGCAGCCAGGGCUUCUCGGGCCGCUCCGCCGUGGUCUCCGGCAGCAGCAGAAUGAGCUGUGUGGCCCGCUCCGGGGGAGCCGGCGGAGGGGCCUGUGGGCUCCGGGGUGGAGCGGGCGGCUUUGGCAGUCGCAGCCUCUACAGCCUGGGCGGCAACAAGAGCAUCUCCAUCAGCGUGGCUGGUGGCUCCCGGGCUGGUGGCUUCGGGGGAGGGCGUAGCAGCUGUGGCAGCGGCUUUGGGGGUGGCUAUGGAGGUGGCUUUGGUGGUGGCUUUGGUGGUGGCAGAGGAAUGGGAGGUGGCUUUGGAGGGGCUGGUGGCUUUGGGGCUGGUGGCUUUGGUGGAGCUGGUGGCUUUGGUGGAGCUGGUGGCUUUGGAGGGGCUGGUGGCUUUGGAGGGGCUGGUGGCUUUGGUGGGCCCGGUGGCUUUGGUGGGCCUGGUGGCUUUGGUCCUGGUGGCUUCCCUGGGGGAAUCCAGGAAGUGACUGUCAACCAGAGCCUCCUGCAGCCCCUCAAUGUGGAGAUCGACCCCCAGAUUGGGCAGGUCAAGACCCAGGAGCGCGAGCAGAUCAAGACCCUCAACAACAAGUUCGCCUCCUUCAUCGACAAGGUGCGGUUCCUGGAGCAGCAGAACAAGGUCCUGGAGACCAAGUGGGAGCUGCUGCAGCGGCAGGGCACAAAUGCCACGACCGGCACCAACAACCUGGAGCCCCUUUUUGAGAGCUACAUCAGCAACCAGCGGGGUUACCUGGACAGCAUCCUGGGGGAGAGGGGCCGCCUGGACUCGGAGCUGAGGAACAUGCAGGACCUGGUGGAGGACUUCAAGAAGAAGUAUGAGGAUGAAAUCAAUAAACGUACAGCCGCCGAGAAUGAAUUUGUGACCCUGAAGAAGGACGUGGACGCGGCCUACAUGAACAAGGUGGAACUCCAGGCCAAGGUGGACGCCUUAAUGGACGAGACCAACUUCCUGACGACCCUCUACAGUAUGGAGCUGUCCCAGAUGCAGAGCCAUGUCAGUGACACGUCCGUGGUGCUGUCCAUGGACAACAACCGCAGCCUGGACCUGGACAGCAUCAUCGCCGAGGUCAAGGCCCAGUACGAGGACAUCGCCCAGAGAAGCAAAGCAGAGGCCGAGGCCCUGUACCAGACCAAGCUGGGGGAGCUGCAGACCACGGCCGGCAGACACGGGGAUGACCUGAAGAGCACCAAGAAUGAGAUCAUGGAGCUCAACAGAAUGAUCCAGAGGCUGCGGGCUGAGAUUGAGAAUGUUAAGAAGCAGAAUGCCAACCUGCAGGCGGCCAUCGCUGAGGCCGAGCAGCGCGGGGAGCUGGCUCUCAAGGAUGCCAACGCCAAGCUCCAAGAGCUGCAGGCUGCCUUACAGCAGGCCAAGGAUGACCUGGCCCGGUUGCUGAAGGAGUACCAGGAGCUGAUGAACGUCAAGCUGGCCCUGGACGUGGAGAUCGCCACCUACAGGAAGCUGCUGGAGGGCGAGGAGUGCAGGAUGUCUGGAGAGUGCCAGAGUGCCGUCAGCAUCUCCGUGGUCAGCAGUGGCGGCACGACGUCGGCCUCGGCAGGUGGCUUCGGCGGCGGCUUCGGCGGCGGCUUCGGGGCGGGAGGGGGAGCAGGCAGCGGCUUCGGCGGCGGCAGCGGCUUCGGCGGCGGCAGCGGGCGGCUUCGAACAGCUGAAGUGCUGGUCCUCUGCCUCUAA